GGGCCGUAGCAAGAACAGUAGAGAUUCACGGCCAGAGCGGCAACGCCGGCCGGUUGCCUUCUCGCCUAACGGCCGCUCCGUUAAAAGCGUCAGUUCCGAUUACUGGCAAGCGGGAAGGAUGGUAAGAGGGGAGAACGAGGUGGUGACCGAGCCCGAAUUCCCUGAACAGUUCCGGUCCUACUCGGAGAACGAAAAACACUGGCAGGCGCGGCGCGCCUUCAUCGUGCGCAAUUCCCCGCUGGGGGGCGGGGAGGCGCUCCCUCCACUGCGCCUGGAGCAGCUGCUCUCCCUCUCCAUGGUUUGGGCCAAUCACCUCUUCCUGGGAUGCAGCUAUAGCAAAGAUCUAUUGGAGAAGGUGACAGAAAUGGCUAACGGAAUUGAAGUUGAAGAUAUGCCACAUUUCACAACUCGUGAUGAAUUAAUCAAAAAGAAUCAAUACUAGUGCCUAGGAGAAGAGAUGCCAGGCUUUUAUUAUACCACACAGUCUGCUUUUAUCGAAGACUCUGAUCUGGAUACUUCAAGCAUCACUUCUGAGAUGCAUUUUAGAUUAGACUGUUUUUAUACUGGAUGCUCAGAGAUUAUGUGUAUAUAUUUUGAUUCAGAUUAAGGGGGAAGAAAAAUACUUACGUUUAUCAAUCACUAGAUACUUCCCCGCCCCCAGCCCAUCAGAAAACAGGAUUAAGUCUGAUGUGGUGACACUUCCUGCGGUACCAGUUGUAUGGUAUGAAUACAGAAGUAACUCCCAUGAAAAACAGAUGGGAAUUAUAGAAUCAAAUGUACAGUCAUGAAAAACUGUUGGAUGUAAGAAAUAAAUAUUUUUAAAAACAA